AUGUACCCAGCACCUGCGUCCGCAGUCUCCCACCGUCGCCGUUCUUUUCAUCUCUUUCUCCCUCUUCUCGCUAUUCUCUCUCGCCUGUGGUCCGGCCCACCCUCCGUCCGCGCUUAUUUAACGCCCGCCAGCACGCCGCGCGACCACCCUGCCCGCACCCUGAAGAAUACCCUCCUCCCCUUGAUACCCGCCGUAUUCUCCAUGCCCCUCAACUCCCUCGAGGUCAUGACUGCCACACCCUCAAACUGGGCCGCCGUCUUCGGCCCCACCCUCUACUACCGCCCACCGCCCAACCCGCUCGCCAGGUUCCUCUGGCGCAAGCGCAUCAUGUUCGAGACCACGAUGGGCCUCUCCGGCAUCGAGCCCUGGGAGCGCGUCCUCGUCUCCCUCGUCGUCUGCGUCGUCUCCCUCCUGCUCUUCCAGAGCUUCAGGGCAUAUAUCCCCCAGAUACUCGCGAUUAUACAGCGCCGCAGCGCAUUCUACUUUUUCGGAUACGAGCCCGACAAGGGCGCCGCCGUCGACCGCAUCGUCGCAGGCUGGGUCGCCGGCAACGCCUCGGGCGACCUCUAG